AUGUCAUUACUAUCUGUCCUAAAACAUCCACAUUUUCAUAUAUUCAUUUUUACAGCUCUAAUUGCUAAAGUUGUUGGUAUUUACCUGUUGAUAUUUUUAUUAUCACAUACACCACGGGAUCCCUUUCCAGAAGAAUUAGAAUAUAUUACUAUUGAUGAAAAAGAUGGUAUAAAGAGGCAUAAAUUACCGACUUCAAGAGAUGAAGCUAUCGACUUGUCUGUGGUAGUUCCAAGUUAUAAUGAAACUUCUCGAAUCCUAGUUAUGUUAAAGGAGGCCAUUGAAUAUCUACAAACAAAUCUAAGGGACAGAUGGGAAAUAAUAAUUGUAGAUGACGGGUCUUCAGAUGGAACUACAGGAUAUUGCUUAAAACUAUCCCGAGAACAGUUUCAUUUGAAACCUGGUCAACUUCGGGUUAUUAAAUUUACUCAAAAUAGAGGUAAAGGUGGUGCAGUAAGACAAGGUAUGCUUCACAUUCGUGGUAAGUACGGUCUUUUUGCAGAUGCUGAUGGCGCAAGUAAAUUUAGUGAUAUCUCAAAAUUACUCUCAAACAUAAAAGCUAUCGAGACUAAUAAGGCCAAAACUAAUGCAAAUCCCGCUGCUGUUGUUCUAGGUUCCAGGGCACAUAUGGUCAAUACUGAAGCUGUUAUAAAAAGAUCGUUAGUUAGGAAUAUAUUGAUGUAUGGAUUUCACGGAUUAGUUUAUGUAUUUGGUAUCAGAUCAAUUAAAGAUACUCAAUGUGGGUUUAAAUUGUUCAAUAGAGAGGCAAUUGAAAUGAUUUUCCCAUUUUUGCACACUGAAGGUUGGAUCUUUGACGUAGAAAUUUUGAUUUUGGCUAUUAAGAAGAAAAUAUCUAUCAAAGAAAUCCCAAUUUCAUGGCAUGAAGUUGGUGGAUCUAAAAUGGAUUUAAAGGUUGACAGUUUAAUGAUGGCUAAAGAUUUAGUGAUUAUUCGUCUUGCAUAUAUGCUGGGAAUCUAUAAGCCUACACAUAAAAUUUAG